ACUGCUGUAGAUUUAUAACCGUGUUCACAUGCUGGUGUCACGUAUAGAUAAGCUAGAUAAGACUUCUAAAGGUAGACCUUUGUAGAAAUAAUUCUCAUUUAGAACUUAAUUUACACAAAAUGAGGACUGCCGUAAUUGUGUGUGCUGUACUUGCCUUUGCGUAUGUACUGGCCGAGCGAUGUAACACGGUAGAUGAGUGCGCGGACACGAUGUGUGGGGUCAACGCUUCACACAUAGAAUGUGACCACCAUUACUGCACGUGCGUCGCUGACGCCAUGACUUGUAGCGACAGAAGCGACUGCAUGAUGAUGGGGAGAUGCGCCAAGCGUGACGAGGAGUUCCACUGUAUUGACGGGGCCUGCAAGUGUAUGAAGAUGCACUGAGGCGGCCACGUGGUGUUUGUGUAAUAAAAUAUGAAUAAAAACCAAA